CAAAAACAUAACCUAAAAAGUAAGUGUCAAAUGUGACAUUGCCCGAAAUGCAUAUCGCUGUGCCAAAACAUAACCUCAAACAAAAUCGAAUUUUUAUGCCGAAAAUAUGUGUUAAACUGCGACAAUGAACAAGGGGAAGAUCAGUUUCGGCAAAAUCAGCACGAACUUCGGCGAAAAUGCGGAAAAAAUCGAAGCCAGCGGCAGCAUCGGCACGUUCGGGCCCCCCAAAGCGAUGGAGCUCCUCGAAGACGACAGCAAAGAACGCGAGAAAAUGCAGGAGGUUAUGGGCAUCAGUUCGUUUGGCAAAAAGGCCAAAAACUUCGACGUUCAGGAAAUGAUGGAGCAGGUCAAAGCCACGGCUCGGGAAAUCACCAAAAACCCUGAGCUUUCUGAGCAAGCUUCCGAAGAGUCGGAGGACGACGACGACUUGAUCGGGCCCCCAAUCCCGCCCGAUUUGAACUCAGGGGGGCCCCAGUCCGAAACCGCGACCAAAUCCCAGUCAAGCGAUAGUGAAGAGGAGGAGGAACCGAAGAAAUUGUUCAUUCCGUGCACCAGCGAGGUGGUGAUGACACACGGCACUAAAGCGGUGACUGCCGUUAGCGUGGACCCGAGUGGGGCCCGUCUGGCAUCGGGCUCCGUUGACUACGAUGUCAGUUUUUGGGACUUUGCCGGAAUGGAUGCCAGUAUGCGAAGUUUCCGGACGCUACAACCGGCCGAAAAUCACCCAAUCAGGUAUUUGAACUAUUCAGGAACCGGUGAUUUACUCCUGGUUAUUUCGGGGGCAAGCCAGGCCAAAGUCCUGGACAGGGACGGCUUCGAGCAAUUGGAGACCGUCAAGGGCGACAUGUACAUAACAGAUCAGGCCCAGACCAAGGGUCACACGGCGGGGCUCCUCGCCGGUUGCUGGAACCCCCUCAUUAAGGAGGAGUUCCUCACAACGAGCGCAGAUGGCACAGUCCGGACCUGGGAUUUUUACGAAGGGGGCAAAAACCACAAAAGCAUAAUUAAAUGUCGCGCCCAGAACGGCCUAAAGGUCUCACCCACGGCUGUGACAUACGGACGCGAUGGUAAAGUCAUAGCCUGUGGGUGCGCAGAUGGGUCUCUCCAGUUAUGGGACUUUAGGAAAAGUUCCGUCGCACCGGCAAGUCAAUUGCGCAAAGCGCAUCUUCCGGGCGAAGUGACAAGUAUCCGGUUUUCGAACGUUGGUAAUAAUUUAUUGACACGGAGUUGCGACGAAACAAUGAAGUUGUGGGACGUCCGGAAUUUGAAAAAAUCACUCUUCGAGAUUGGCGAUUUGUUCACGCGUUACGACACAACCGACGCGAUUUUCAGCCCCAAUGACGCAAUCUUAGCCACCGGAGUGUCGCUCCGGAAGGGCGAAAGCUCCGGGCAUAUUUUUUUCUAUGACGCGACUGAUUUCAGCCUAAUUCACAAAAUUCUGAUUACGAAUUCGCACACGAUCAAGCUUUUGUGGCACCCGAAGCUGAAUCAGAUUUUCGUGGGGACGGGCAAUGGCAUAAUUAAGUGCUUCUACGACCAGAAGAAGAGUCUCCGGGGGGCCACGCUGUGCGCGGUUAAGGUGCACCGCAAGGCGCAGCAUUCGGAGGUUGUGAGCACGCAGCAGGUUAUAACCCCGCACGCGUUGCCGCUGUUCAGGCAAGAGAGGCGGAAGACGAGUCGGAAGCAGAUGGAGAAGGAUCGGUUGGAUCCGGUUAAGUCGCGACGACCCGACUUGCCGAUCACGUCGGGGCAAGGGGGGCGCGUGGCGUCCAGUGGGGGCACGUUGAGUAGUUACGUUAUUCGGAAUUUGGGCUUGAGUAAGAGAGUGGAUGAUGAUCAGGAUCCGAGAGAGGCGAUUUUGAAGUAUGCAAAGGAAGCGGCGGAAAAUCCGUAUUGGAUUACACCGGCCUAUGCCAAGACGCAACCGGAGGUUGUGGCCAAGGGGAAGGCGCCGUUGGAGGAGCCGCCGGAGAAGAAAACCAAAAAGUGAAAAGUUUUAUUGUAUACAUUAGUAUAGAAAUAAAUUUUAAAACAGUA